AUGGCAAGACAAGAAAUCAAUGGUAGAACUUACAGAAUUUUUUUUGAUGGUAGGGAUGUUACCCCCCUUCCCUUGGCCUGCAGUACCCCAGAUGAUCAUAUCGAUAAGGAAAAUGACGGCAAGGAAAGUGUAUCUUCCUAUCCAUCAGACCAAAUUUCUGAGUUACAAGAAAAUAAAUUGUCAUCUUCACCUGAAUCAAUCAGCUCUGAUACUUCUAGCUCAUCUCGGUUCAGGCAAUCUUUGACAAGUCCAAGAGAUCUAGGGUAUAUUGAAAUGCCGUACAGUGAGGAUGUAAUGGAAAAAUUUCAUGGGCGAUUCCGUACUCCAUCUCCCAAAGAAGAAAUAAUUCCACUGAAAAUUACCCAAGAACGGCUUCUGGAACUCUUAGAAACCAAACCUUUGCAUCCAGCAAAAAUAAUUCUCUCAUUAAGAGAAACUCAGACUUUUUUCCUUUUGGAUAGACCUAGUUUAACUGCUUUGGAAGGUUCUGAAGAAGCAGAAUUGAUAAAGAAGGAUAAUGCUCAGUAUGAUUACCUUACUGUAGGAGAAGGUCGUCACCGAUACAAAAAAAAUGCAGAAACUCAAACGAAAUGGAAAGUGUGGAAAUCAAAAGGGGUAUGGGCCCCUGCAGCUGAAACACAAACUAAUAUUGCAGAAGCUUCUACUUAUGAUUUAUAUCAGUCUUUUACAGAUGUUCAUGAAUAAUGUGUAGGUUGCUUCUUGACUUUGAUCAUCAGUGAAGAUGUUGCUUUUAAGCAAGUUCCAGGACUGCUGCCAGAAUUGGUUCUCUAUGACAAGUAUGACCAGGAGUUGGAAAGACAUCCUUUUCGAUGCAGAAGUCGUGAAGAAUGCUGUCAACUGCUCCUUGAAAAGGGUUUCAAAAGAAAGGCUAAAGCCUUAUCAGGAAGUCACCUGCAUAAUGAUUUGUAAAAUGUUACUAGUCUUGUAGACAAAUACUUCUUUAUUGCUUGUGCACUUCCAAACAGAUCAAUGCCUGUAUUGAGAAGUUUUGUUGCAACAUAUUCCAUGAAUGUACUCCACGGUUAUUCCCAGUAGUAUGUCUUUUAAAUAUUAAAUGUGGUGAAUUGGUGUUGCAGUAUUCUUAAAAAUAUGAGCUGUUAUAAUGCUGAUGUAUGCCUAUAUUAUUGUUUUUUGAACAUUUAUCUGUAGUUAAUACAAUUUGCCUUUAUGAUGCACCAAAGAAAUUUUAAGUAUUCUAAAAAGUGUGCUGAUAAGAGUCCAAAAACAUUUUACAAUUUCAAAACGCAAAAAUGUAGAAUAAAGUAGUUAACUUGAACUUCUCAAUGUUCAGUAGUAUCAAAUAAGUGUAUAUUGCAAUAUACAAGUACGCAAGAGAGCAGAAAUUAAGGGAACUUCCAGAUUUUCAAAAAAGUUAUUUUGUGAGUUGAUCUAAAAUAAACCGAAAUCAAAAAUGGUUAUCGGUGUAUGUAUGUAAGAAGUAGUUAUCAUUUCCUAUGUACAAAACAGUUCUAAUAUAAUUACUUGGUAAUAUCCUAGUAGUUUGUUCAAAUGACUUUGAUUUGAGAUUUUGGAAUUUACUCUAAUGUAAAAGUGAUGUAUUUAUACAUUUACUGAAGUGUUCUAUGAAUACAGUUCAUAAUAGGAAGGGCAUUAGCUUUAAAUGGGCUCAUAAUAAUCUUAUUGGAGACUUUUUGCUACAAUUGAGAACAAUCUAGGCCUCUGCAUACACAGUUCAAUUUGUGCAUGCACAGAUGCUCAAAAGCAGCAUAGAUAUUGCUGAAUGCUAGUCCCUAUUGUAAUAAAACAUAUUUGUACAUAGGUUGCAAUAUUGCUUUUGUGUAUCAAAAUACUUUUCUUUUGAAACCUGAUAAUAGAAAAGCAUUACCUAGAUAUAAAACUGAAAUCUUUAAAUGGCAAAUCUUUAAUUAAUAUUGUUCUUAAAGAAAGUUAAAAUAUUAAUCUUCUCAUGUGUGAAUUAGUUUUCAGAUGAUAUUCUUCAUUAUUUAAUUAUUUGUGUUGAAGAUUGUGCGGUUAAUUUGAUGCAGCUAAAACUAUUUUAUCUUGUUUUUAUAGUAACUAUUUUUAAAGUUUGUUGUUUAGUUUAACUCCAACCCAUGUCUGGGAACACUUCCUCUGGUUUUGGCAAUUUGACAAGGUGUGAAAUACCUUCUACAUCCCUUUGACUUUUAGCGACCUCCAACCGUGGUCCCCCAAAUUUUGGGUUGGGUGAAUUUGGCUAAGUUCAGUUGGAGAGAGAAAGCUCUUAAAGUUUUUUUGUGUUUAAUUUUUAGGUUCCAUAAUAAUAAUUUAUUAUUAUUGUUAUAAAUAAUGGAGAGCACGGCGGUAAUGUUGCACAAGAUAUCUUACUGAUUUCUCUCUGAGCUGGCUUUCCUUAAAUAAUAAUUAUAAUGUUGUUUUUGUUAAUAAAUUAGUCAUAACUUCCCUCCACAUCUUCAGUAUUACUGUUUUGUUUCUUAAGCAUAGUGAGCAGAAUUGCCUGAAGAGAUGUUUUGUUUGCCUGCUCAAGUCUCUGCCUAUCCCACCCACCCUAUGCAGAGUGAAAAGUUUCUGGCAUGUGACAUACAUAUGUGCCCUUGAAUAAGAAAAGAAAAAAGUUGCUGUAGCUUAAUGACCUGACACUCACACCCUCCUCUGCUCUCAUAAUGUGUCAGGGUUGAUGAUAUUAAUGACCUUAAUGACCUGACUCAUGUGUAAUGGUUGUUUUGAAAGGAGGCAAAGAUGCAGUUGCCAAUUUGCCAAAACAAGAAGAAGUCAUGGGUUGCAAGAUAAACUAAAGACCUGUUAUAGUAACAUCCCUUUUACUCUGUCACUUUUGCUAUGAAAUAUUGUAAAAGGACAAGUUUUGUAAGUGCCAACAAUAUUUGUAGACUGUUAGAACAGUGUUUUUGUUUAACAAAUAAAUGCAGGCAAAUGUAUUGUAGAAUCAAAGGUCAGUGUUGCAUGUUAUAAAUUUCUAAUUGUACCUAUGUGUGGUAACGUAAUUAAUAUAGAGCAUUUGACACUUUUAAACAAAAACAUUGCACGAGUUGUUAUGUACAUUGUCAUGAUUAGUGGAGUUUUCCACACAUUACUUUAUACUUGCAAAGAAAGACCUGGUUAGACAAGUGCCUACUAAGACAUCUGCAUGAGAGGAUGCUAUUACUAUUUCUUUUAUAGUUGUAGACAUUUUUGUGUCUAAGGGACCACAUCUCAAAAAUUAAUUUUUUUCUUUAUUUUCAGUUGCACAUUUGUUACAAGACUUAUUAUUUAAACUUAAGAAAAUAUAAAAAUGUAGCUUCAUUGAUAUUUAAAUACUGUCUUACGUAUCUUGCACACCACCUCAACAUGAGUGAAGAUGUCUUGAAACAUAAAACUAAGCGUAUGAAGUAAUUAAAUUUAUUGGAAGCAUGUGUAGCCAGCAAGUUCAUGAAUGAUUUUGUAGAUUAUUUGUUGAGAGGAACUGUGUGACUAAGACAGUUAAUUUUAGUGUAAUCUCAGUAAUGAUAUGAAGAGGAAGAACUGGAGUCCUUCUAUUUUUAUUAAUCAAUUAUAUUUUUGAUGCAUUAAUGAUUAAAAAUAAUGCCUAUAGGAUGCAUCCUCGCUAGUUGUAAGGGAAAUGUAAUAAGAGCAGUUCCAGCAAGAAUGAUUAUUUUGCAAAUAUAGUUACACAGCCAUUUGAAGGUUCUGAUGGUGUCUAUUAUCUCGAGUUACUGAAGCAUGGUGGUUACUUGGAAAAGAUGGAUGAAGUUUUUCUCCCUACAUGAGUAUUUACAAUCAUAUUUCAAAUCAUGUAUUGUAAUCGUAGUAAUACUCUUUGUAACCAUUUAAUAAUUGAAUAUUAUCUGUGAUUAUUUUGAUAUUAACUGUUUAUUUUAUCUUACUUAUGUUUUAAGUCAACUUUCAAUACACUUUUCUUGACUCAAGACAUUAAGAAAUGCAAAAAACAAAGAUGGAAUGUUGUUUAUUUGUCUUUUUAGUAACAAAAGUUGAGAUAGAGUUGGAACAGAUGGGUGAAUACAUAAUUAUAGUUGUAAAAGGUCAGGUUUAAAAAAUUCUUGAGUUUUUAUUUUUGUACAAAUAUGUGAUUAGUAUAUUGAUAUUUAAAGUAAAGUUAGUAUAUAGUGUCAUCAUUUUUGAUGAACUAGUCAUUGGGCAUUAAAUGCAACUGUUCAAAAGAAUGUUGCAUACCUCAAGUUUCUUUGUGUAGACUCCCAAAAUCGCCAAAAAGUUCAAACUAAAGUUUUGGGUAUUUUUUAUUAAUUUUUGUUUUUGCUGUAAGUUUUUUUGUAAUAACUCAAUUAGAGGGUGGAAUAAAAAUUGGUAAUAUUCAGUAGUUUUUUAAUGUAGUGUAUUUGUGUAUAUUCUGAAAUGCAUUGAGCCAGAAGACUGUUAUGAUAUAAUUGAAUGUCAGUGAAGAUGUGCUUAACUUUUAAUGUUUUAUUUCAUUCGGCCAUUUGUAAUAUGGGUUUGACAUUCAAUCCUAAGUCUGUAGGAUUUGCUGUGUGUGCAGAGGAAUCUAUUGCAUGUGGGUGUUUUCUACAUGCAAUCUUAAUGCAUGUAGAAAAACAAUCAAUACUUCUUUCAUAAUAUUUAGUUGUUGUAGGAUAGUAUUCAGUUACUAUUUUUUAACUGUUAAAUUAAUAACUAAUGCUAAAAUUAUGCCAGAAAUGACAUAGUGCAUUCUAGGCAGUCACAUCAGAGGCUUCUUUUGGCUUAAUUGAUAGCCAUCAUAGAAGUUUUGUGACUCCUCUUUAGCUCUGAUUCCUAUCUCAUUUUGACAAAACAAUUGUGGAGAAAGAUGGCCCUUUAUAUCAGGAAAUACCCUGUGAAUAUGAAUGACCCUUGGCUGUUAUGCAUGCAGUCACUCAGAUUUGGGCAAUACUACUUUUUUCUUUUUUGCUCACUUAGUUCAAACCUUCAUUUUUUGUGCUCUAAGUGGAAAUUUAGUUACUACCUUAAUUUGAUGUGAUGGCAAAAGCUGUAAAAUUUGGCAAGUCCUUCAAGCUUCAUGAAGAUUAGAAACUUACUGAUUUUGUCAGACUGCACCAUCAUCUAUACAUGUCAGUUGUAUCACAACACACUGCGAAAAGAGCUCUACAGUCAUUUAAAUUAUAGAAACUGCUGGAAUGAUUGAAAAUAAUGACAUUGUAUAAAUUGAAAGGAUCAUUAAAAAUUAUUCUUCUUGCGUACUAGUCAUUGCCAAAAUGCUCAUAUCUUAAAUGAAGGACAUACAUAAUGUUUUGAAGGCACCUUAUAAUUGGAACUUCCGAACAUACUACAAAUGUGCGAAUAUGAGUUAAUGAAACUGACAUUUGUGCAACAUGUACAUUUUAGAAGAAUAUUAAUGAAACCGUGCAUUAAUGGUCCACUACUUAGUUGCUAGAGCGUAACAAAAAUCCUAAAGGAUGGUCAUUUCAGAAGCAAUUGGUACUCUUUUCUAUGCUUGAAAUGAAUAUAAGCUCUGAGGUGCUCUUUUUGUUUUCAUUGUUAAUAUAAUGAAAUUGAAAUUUGUGAAUAAAAAUCCUGGCUUGUAAUUAUUUGUGCUGGGAUUCAGAAUGCCUUAAUACAUUUCAAUACUUAAAGGGGAGCUUAAGCACAGGGUAAUGUGUAGCAAUUCACAACAAUCUUGACCUGUGCAUGUACAGAUGCUCAUGUGAUGUGCAACCCAAAGUGUGCAUGUGCAGAAAAUUGAUAUUGCUGUUGACUGCUGUACUUAAAUGCCCUAAUAUUAUUUCUCCAUCAUGAGAUUUUGUCAUAAGUAUGUGACAGUUAAUUUACGAGUGGUAUAAGAACCA